AUGGAUGCGCAAACGCUUCCCCUGCGAGACACGGGGCAAGGAAAGGGGGAGAGGCCUCCGACUCCCGGCUGGGACUACAACUCCCAGGGUGCCCCGCGGCCCGCGCCCGUCUCCAUGGCGACGGGGACGCGCCAGUCGGCCGAGGAGGGCGAAUUAUCAGGACCUGAAGAGAAGAAAACAGAAAAAGGAAAGAAUGAAAAAAGAAAAAAAAUGUAAAAGAAGAAAAUAGGGCAUUGUAUCUUCUCCCAAGAUGUCAAAAAGGAAAAAAAGUUGCCAGCUGAGAAGGUACAUCAGAGUUCUUCAUUUUUAAGCCUGCAGAAUAGUAUGAUUUCCCAGAAAAAAAAUAGAGUAGCUCAGCGAAUAUCAUCAGCAAGACUUCACAAAAUUAAAGAGCUGAAGAAUGAAAUAUUUGAUUUACAGCACAAAUUAGAAGCAUCAAGCUUAGAAAACCACCUUUUGAAACAGCUUGAACGUCGACACUUGAAAGCAAUAGAUAGUUAUGAAAAUUCAGAAAGUAGCUUGCCAGAUCUUCUAGCAAAUCACUAUAAUGAGGUGAGAGAUUUAAGGGAGCUCCUGAGGAUGUCUCACAAGAAAGAGAGAAAUACAUCCAGGAAGCUCAGAAAAGUUGAAGCAGAGCUGCAGAAAGCCAAAGAUGCUUGCCAGACCUUGCAUAUGCUUUCAGAAGACAAAGCUCUUGCAGAGAGAGAAGAACUUGAUUACAGAUUAUCAGUCUUUAGAGAAAAAAUGGAAGAGAAUGAUAAGAGAAUACAGAGCCUAGAAAAGCAGCUGGAAUUGAACAAUAACACCUUUAUUCGUCAGCUGGCAAACGUGAACAAAAAAGCUCUGGAAGCUGCGAUAAUUACAAAGAACUUGCAAAUGGAAAUUAACUCUCUUCACCAUAAAAUUAAGGAAAAGAAUCGGCAACUUUCUGUAAAAAAUAUCUAUGCAAAUCGGAUGCCUAAAAUCCCAAAAGAUGGAAGUUAUUCAGUACCAUACAAAAAAAGUCUUAGUAUAAACAAAUCAAUACAAGUAGAUAAACUGAGUUUUAGAUCAUUGCUGCUGUCCCAGUACCAAACUCAGGAAACAGCAAAAAGUCCAAUUCAUCUAACAAAGGGGGAAAAGUCUUCUGAAGAGAAGAAUCAAAAAGAUAAUGCAAAUGAAGCAUACACAGAUGCCCAGUGUGGAACAGAAAAUCCAUCAACCAAGAAAAUACUUAAGCUGGAAACUUUUGAUAUAACACAUGGAGACUAUUUAAGGGAGGGCAAACUACAGAUGGAAGAUAACACUUCCUUGGAAUUUACGAAAGAAGAAAAAGAGAGAGAUUUGCUUGAACAGGAGCUGGAAAAAAUUAUGAACACUGAACAAGCUCUUCCAAGUGACACUGUGAAAGAGAGCAAUCAAGAGGAAGAUGCAGUGGAAGAAUCUGAAAAAGAAGAAAAAAAGCCAGACAAACUGCUAAAUAACAGUGAGAAGGCAGGGAGUAAAUAUGUAACUCCAGGUCCAAAAACCAAAACACCCACAAGGCCAAGAAAAAAAUACAUAUUCUCUGAAGCCACUGAGAAUUUGCAUCAUGGGCUUCCUGCAUCAGGUAAAAAAUCCAGUCUUUGCAACAAAAGACACACAGGUCAUAACUGCAGUGAAACAGCUGAAUCGAAAGUGAAAAAUUCCUUUGGGUUAUACGAACCAUCUUGUGGUAAAAUUACCAAAACAAGGCGUAAGUGCAGUUCCACUGAAGCAGAAGGCUGCGCUCAUAUGUCAUUUGCUGACAGGAAAAACAGCCUUAUGAAAGAACUCUUUGGACCAGGCUGUGUUUGAAGAGACAACCAUUCAAGUUAUAACAUGAGAGGAAUGGAGAAGAGAAAGGAUGCAGGAGUACACAAAACAAAUUUCAAACCACCACUACUAACUAGUUCAUAA